AUGAGGACACGGAGAAUGUUGGGUCUUCUCAAUAAAGAGACUGCCCUGGUCGAAGCUAUGACAUGCCUCGAAUUGGAACGCUACUUGCAGACAGAGCCCAGGAGGAUCUCAGAGACUUUUGGUGAGGACUUGGACUGCUUCCUUCAUGCCACUCCUCACCCAAGCAUUGAGGAAAGCUUCCGGCGCCUGGAUCCCCUCCUGCUCCCCAUGGAAGCCUCCCCAUGUGAGAAAAGCUCUGCAGUGGACAUUCUGCUCUCCCGGGACAAGUUGCUAUCUGAGACCUGCCUCAGCCUGCAGCCACCCAGUUCCUCCUUAGAUAGCUACACAGCGGUCAACCAGGCCCAACUCAAUGCAGUGACCUCAUUAACGCCCCCCUCCUCCCCUGAGCUCAGCCGCCAUUUGGUCAAAACCUCACAGACUCUCUCAGCUGUAGAUGGCACAGUGACAUUGAAACUGGUGGCCAAGAAGGCUGCACUCAGCUCAGUAAAGGUGGGAGGGGUGGCAGCCGCAGCGGCAGUGGCAUCAGCUGGGGCCAUAAAGAGUGGACAGAGUGACAGUGAACAAGGAGGAAUUGGGGCUGACGCAUCCCCUGAAAACAAGAAGAGGGUUCACCGUUGUCAGUUUAACGGGUGCCGGAAGGUUUAUACAAAAAGCUCCCACUUAAAGGCCCACCAGAGGACUCACACAGGUGAGAAGCCUUAUAAGUGUUCAUGGGAAGGGUGUGAGUGGCGUUUUGCACGAAGUGACGAGCUUACGAGGCACUACAGGAAACACACAGGUGCAAAGCCCUUUAAAUGCAACCACUGCGACAGGUGUUUUUCCAGGUCUGACCACCUUGCCCUCCAUAUGAAGAGACAUAUCUAAAUAACCUAAUGACCAGAGGAGCUCCAUGGCACCGGCUGUUGUCUAAAGGAAGACUCUUUAGACAGAGGGCUGGAAUUUGGUCAGAACUUGCUGCCUUGCGGAAGAGAGAGAGAGAGAGAGAAAGAGAGAGAGAG